CCUGGACAUGGCUGCCGACCGUUGAUUUUUUUUAGUUAAUAAUGUUAACAUUUCUGAAAAUUUGUACACUAAUUUAAUAAAUUACUAGGUCGUGAACCAUAAGUAAAAUUUAGUUGAUUAAUUAUCAUAUCGCCAGACAUAGCUGAUUACAAGCUUAAUAGUACUUGUCAGCUCUAAUUUAAUGGUCGAAUUCAUAAUUGAGCACUGCAGUCGGUGGAUAGCCUAAUAUCAAUUCUCCUUGGAAUAAACUAAGAAAAUGAACAAAAAAAAAGAUAAGUGGGAUAUUUGCCGUACAUGUGGAAACACUGGAGAUAUUGAAAUAUUUGGUCGUGAUGGAAUCGCUUUACAAUUAGAAGAAAAAAUUAAUACUUACUUACCAAUAACUGUUUCAAUUAAUGACUAUUUGCCUCUUAAAUUAUGCAGUGUAUGUAUUAGUCGACUAGAAAGUUGUCAUCAUUUAAUUGUAUCAACAAUAGAAAUGAAUAAAACUCUUGAAGAAGUUAUGAAAAAACAGCAAAUUAAAAAUAAUUCAUACAAUUUUGAUAGUAAUGAUGAUAGUGCAGUUGAAGAAAUAGCAGUAGAUCAUGAUAGUACACAAGCUGUAGAAGUAAUGGAUAUUAAUUCUGUUAACGAAGAAAAUAUUUUAACAGUAAAAGAAGAAUAUCCAUAUGACUCUGUCGAUGUAGUAAGUAUUGGUACUGAUGAUCUUUGUGAUGAAGGAUCAGCUGCAGAAGAUGAAGAAUUAGACAUAGAUAAAUCCCUCGAAGAUGGCGAUGAAAAUGGAAAAUUUCAAUGUUCUAAAUGUCAACGUGUAUUUGAUUUAGAAACUAAAAUGCGACGUCACAUAUUUAUGCAACAUAAUCCUGUUGAAAUGGAAUGUUUUCAUUGUUUUGCAAAGUAUGAUUCAAUGUUGCAUUUUGAACGUCAUGUUGCUACACAUUUUACAAGAAAUGAAUAUUUAUGUGACUUUUGUCCUACAAUGUUUAAUCGUGUAUCUGGUCUUCUUGACCACUUAGCUAAACACAAAAAUGAACGACAACGGUUUACUUGUUCAGAAUGUGGUAAAGUACUAGCAAAUCGUCUUUCAUUUACAAUUCAUCAAAGAACUCAUACUGGUGAAAAACCUCAUGCUUGUAGAUUUUGUGACCGGACUUUCUCACAAAUAUCAUCUAAACAAUAUCAUGAACGUACACAUACAGGUGAAACAACCCACCAUUGUGAAUUUUGUGGAAAAGGAUUUAAUUCUAAAUUGACUCGUGAUACUCAUAGACGUAUUCAUACGGGUGAAAGACCUUUUGGUUGCAAACAAUGUAAUGCUACAUUUCGAUGUCUAGCAAAUUUACGACAACAUGAAAUGGUUCAUGCUCCUGUUAAACCAUUUCAAUGUGAAGUUUGUUUAAAACGUUUUGGACGUCCAGAAAAAGUAAGAGUUCAUAUGCGAACUCAUACUGGAGAAAGACCUUAUAAAUGUCCAAUAUGUGGACGUGGUUUCACACAAAAAAAUGACAUGCUCAAACAUACAAAUGUACAUAAUAAACCAGCACGACGUGGAAGUUCACAAUUAAUAAAAAAUGAAAUUGUCGUACCUUUAAAUUCAGCACCUAAAUAUGUCAACAUAAAAGAUCUUAAGGAAAUAUGUUUUGAUGUUUCAAAUAGUUAUGAUAGUUCAGAAAAUGAUACUAAUAGUUCAAUGACAAUCAUUUCUGAAGAGCAAGCAUAACUCAUAGUUAUAAAUUUUGGUUUAAUAUAAUAAUAACUAAAAAUAUUUUUAAGAACAUAAUUUUACUUUUUCAGUUAUCUUUAUUAAUCAUAAUUAAUGUAAAUAUUUAUAUAUAAUGUAAAUAAUUUCUAGUUAAUUAUAAAUUUUUAUUAUUUAACUUUA